GUACUCUUUUAUGGAGUAGUAACAUUUUUGUAUUAGAAACUUUUUAAGUUUUUCUUGUGUCUUAGACAGAAAUAGUUAUAAUAUAUACUUUCUUAUAGAAAUAGUUAUAAUAUUAAAAUUAAACAGUGAUACUUGUCCUGAUGUCAAAGAGUGGACUAUAGAUAAUACACGAGUGGACCAAGCUAACAAGGCGGAAUUUUAUUUGUCUGACGUGUCGUGUCGUGACGCAUCAGAACAGAAUCGGUAUCAUACAUUUUGUAUGCAAUGCAUCAGCCAUCACGACAUGUCACAACACAUAAGUGUAAACGUUGCCAUACAAAAUGUAUGAUACCGAUUCUGUUCUGAUGCGUCAUGUCGUCACGACCCGACACGUCAGACAAAUUUGAUUCCGCCUUUACACACAGCUUGAAAAUUGCAAAAGACCGGAAGAAUUUUCUACACAUGACCGCCAAACUUCAAUUGGAAGAAGGCACCUAAUAAAUGAAUGAACUUGUCCUGAUAAGCAGUAUUUAAUUAUGAGCUGGCUGACGGUAGCAACUUCGCCCGCUUUUAGUUCAGUAUUUCAAAUACCGCGGUAAUUAAGGAUUUUUGUGGGAUAAAAAUUAGCCUUUUAUAUUGCUCAUGUCUUCUUUUACCUUUCAGAGAAAGUCCCAUUAAAGUUCAGCCAUUUCAGAAAUUAGCCCGGACAAAUAGACAGACAUACAGACAGACAAACAACAAAUACAAAGACAAACAACAAACAUUUUUUCGUGUAAAUAAUAUAAGCACACAGUUAUUUAAAUUCCCAGACAUAAACUCAAAUUUAUUUUUAUCUAUUGAUUACUAUAAAUACUACCAAAUUGGAUAGACAAUCGCGAUAGCAACCAUAAAAAACGUAAUUGCUUGAUCGAACUUUUUUGGUAGGUCGUUUCCAUGACAGUAAUCAAUACUUUCCUUCACAAAUAUCGUAAUAAAGAUACUGUGUCUCUGUUUGUGACACAAUUCACUCUUGUCAUUUAAAAAAGCUUUUUUGUGCUGUCAGGUUGUCAUUAAACAUUAGUGAGAGUAAUUUAAAUUCUAAAGUAUAUUUUAAUUUGCAACUAAAAUGGGUGAAGAACAGUUCGGUGUAAGAAAUGUGAUAGGAGCGCCUGUGGUUGGCACAAGGUUGGCUGAGCAAACUCUGGUAUGCAUGCCACCGAGAACUGCCAAGUUCACCCUCGCAGAAUGGAAGAUGAGCAAUGAUCAACGCUGCAGAAACUCCGAGGACCAACAACAACUUGCCGACCGGGUUUUAGGAGAAUGCGAAAGAAUCAGAGAAGAAACUGCAGAAAGAUCGUCUAUUAUGAAAGCCACGUCUGAUCGACGGAUGGAAGAACGAAUUGGUGAUAUAGAAUUCAAUAAAAAAGAGUUGCAGUUGCAGAGAAAAGAGAUAUGUCUCGAAUUAGAAGCUCUCAGCGUUUACAAGACCCGACUGCAGGACUGUCUUUCUUCGUUACAAACCAAUGCGUUGACAAUAUCACGAAAAUGUUUAAUGCUUCGAGACGGUCGAGUCGGCAUCGACUUGGUUGUGGACGAGGUUGAACAUGCUCUCCAGCGAGAAAUAACAACGAUCCUCGGUGGGCAAAGUUUGUUGAAAAGAGCCUUGGAACAGUUAAACGAGCAGAUGCGUCGUUUGCGUUCCGCUCGCUAUCUUGUCGAUCGCGAUUUACAAUACAAACAAGCCGCAAUCGAUAUAGACAAAGGCUCUCUAUCCAUGAAACCAACCGAUUUGUGCCUCUCCGUUUACGAAGGCUACACAAGCCUUGAUCCAGCGAAUAUAUCGGCUGAUGAGUACAACGCCUACUCAGGUAAAAACAUCCAAAUGGCCGCAAGAGAAGUGACUAGUGCUCGUCCUAUAAGAGUUUUUAUAGAUACACUACUGAAACAAGUUAUUGACGAUUUAUUAACUGCGUAUCAUAAAUGCAACCAUGAGUUUGACGAACGUAUUAAAGAGACAAAGAUAGCGAAAGCGAAACUUGAGGAUAUGCAUAAGGAGACGACACAGAAGAUUGUAGAUAUGCAGAAUAAUAUACUGGAGCUGCAGAAAGCUUUGUCUGCUAAGGAAGGAUAUAUUGGAUUGGCGCACACAAGAUUGGGGCGACGUGCUCAGAGAAUUGGAGCUGAGUUAGUGAAGGACCCUCCUGGACAGUCGUUGUAUUAUGAAUGCGAAAUGUUACGUCAUAGUACUGAGCAACUACAACAAAUGCUUCAUGAGGCGAACGCAUCCUUACGUUAUCUUCUCCAGACCCAAAUUCAACUGGAAGAGGAUAUCAAUGUAAAGAUGAAUACUCUUAAGAUAGAUGAAGUCGAUUGUAUGACGAUGCGUAUUGCUAUGGAUUACCAUGCUUAUUAAUUUUUGGUAGUAGUGUUAAUUUCUAUUGUAUUUUUGUUACGGUUUAUUAUGGCACUUUUUGAAAUACUGAUACAAUUUAGAAAUUUUAUGAUUUGUAAUGAUUAAAACUAAAAUACAAAGUUGUGUUUAUUGUUUUCUUAUACUCAUCGUUUAGAGUCUGAAAAAACCAAAAAAAAGGAAAUAAAAAUUGAUUUAAUAGACAGAUCAGUAUUGCUAAUUGUAGAUUGCUAGCUCGUAGGUAAGUGUAAUUGCGAGUGUAUUAUUGAAUGUAUCUAUUAAUCUUGUGUAGGUACUAAA